UGUUGCACCGAACGGCCGUGACCGCGAGACAGACCCGACAGCUCCGACUAAGAACGGCCGGCGGCUAGGGCGAGUCUACCUCGGUCGUUCUACCAAGUCCAAGCUAGGACACGGCGGCCGUCAGGGCUCCAACGAGGAACACCGGCCCUCUCGACCGCGAGGACCUGCUCCGUGCGGCGGCAUCGGCUCCUCGUCAAGACAAGGUCAGCGCCUUGCCUCCUCCUCGAUCUGCGCUGAAGGCAUCAGAAGGCAUGGCGAAGGUGGGAGAGAACAGCUUCGAGGAUGAAAUCAUGGAGUCGGACAUUGAAUUGGAAGGGGAAGUUGUUGAGCCAGACGAUGAUCCUCUGCAGAAGAUGGGAGAUCCAUCGGUUGAAGUCUCUGAAGAAAUGCGCGACAAGGCACAGCUCUACAAAAAGAAGGGUGUUGAUGCGCUUUCAGAAGGUAAACUGGACGAAGCAGUCGAGCACCUGACGGAGGCCAUCUUGCUGAACCCCACUUCAGCUAUCCUCUAUGCAGCCAGGGCUGGUGUUUUUGUGAAGAUGAAGAAACCAAAUGCAGCGAUUCUUGAUGCGGAGGCAGCAUUACAGAUAAAUCCAGAUUCUGCUAAAGGAUAUAAAUCACGAGGGAUGGCAAAAGCUAUGCUUGGGAAGUGGGAAGAUGCUGCUCAUGACCUACACUUGGCAGCAAAAUUGGAUUUUGAUGAAGAGAUCAGCUCAGAGCUUAAGAAGGUUGAACCCAAUGUACACAAAAUUGAGGAGCACAAGAAAAAGUAUGAACGCCUGCGUAAAGAGAGGGACAUGAAAAAAGCUGACUUGGAAAGACAGCGUAGGCAUGCUGAGGAGGUGUCUGCUGCUUCUGCUAUUCUAAAGCCUGGUGAUGUGAUCACUAUCCACUCAUCUAAUCAACUGGAAGAAAUAUUUACAGCCGCGUCAAAACUGUCGAAGCUUGUGAUUCUGUAUUUUACUGCAACAUGGUGUGGACCAUGUCGUUUUAUGGGCCCUGUUUACAAAAGCUUAUCUGAACAGCACCGAAAUGUCGUAUUCCUUAAGCUGGACAUUGAUCAACAAGGCAAUAUUGCCCAUCGCUGGAAUGUCUCAAGUGUUCCAACAUUCUCCUGUGUGAUAAAUGGCAAAGAGAUUGAUAAGGUUGUCGGGGCUGACAAGACCGGCCUUGAGAGAAAAAUUGCGGAGCAUGGCUCUCGUAAACAGUGAGCUGUAUCAUGUUACUCCUAUGUUGUACUCAUAUGGACUCAACUCAAUAAAUGAGUGGUUAUGAAUAAAAAUUGACCUACAUGUGUGGAAA